ACAACCAUGACCUGAAGAUGGAAGAGAUAGGGGAAACUAUUUUUGAGGAUUCAUUAUAUAAAUUGUCUGGAAACAAAAACAAAGGAUUGUUUGGAAAGAAUAACCCAUGGAAGUUAAGGUAUUUUAUACUGAAGAAAUGUGGAAAUCAACCUGUGUUGGAAUGUUACAGCAAAAAGCCAAAAAACAGGACUACAGCACCGAAAGAGAAAAUCCCACUACUGCCUGGGUUCCAUUUAGAGAAAGUAACAAAUACAAAAAACCGAGCUUAUGUCUUCGAACUUACAAGCCAGGAUAAAUAUUUGUGUUUAUCAGCUGACGAGCAAAAAAAUAUGGAUGUCUUCGUCUUCUUGUUGAUGUCUCAGCUUAAGCUAAAAGAACAAAUUAAAGAUGAUUUUAUCAUUGUGAAGCCAGAGAACUCUGAUGUUAACAGAAGAAUAGGAGCAAAGGGAACUAACUGUAUUUUACACAUCUCCCCAUGGGGAGUAACUCUUGCUUUACAAGCAACAAGGACAGUGUUGGCACAAUGGCCAUUAAAAAGCAUCAGAUAUUUUGAAGGGGGUAAAAAUCAAUUUAUGCUGGAAGCAGGACGUGUGGCCCCAAUGGGAGAUGGGACCUAUAUAUUUCACACAGAGGAUGGAAAAGAAAACUAUGCUUACGACUUACUAGACCAGAGGAUUGUUGAUGCCUUGACCAAAAUGCAGCCUGGUAGAAGGGGGACAACAGAAGAGAUGGAAGAUUAUGUAUUAGAAUCAAACAAUUUGACCUUGCUGACCUCUGUAAUACCUUGUAUGAUAAAUCAUCCUGAUCAUAUACACAUCAUGAGGGACAACUGGAAUAUUGAUAUUAAUGGAAACACAAUAAGAACGAGACCAACAGUUCAUGUCAGGCAGACAAGUAAUGCGAGUGAAACAGGGUCUGAUCUUGGAACACCUGGUACACCUGGUCCACCUCUGCCAAGUAGGAGACCAGAUACACCAUCAAGCAGAUAUUUGGCAAGUAGUUCUCCUGCCAGACAACAAUCAUCAAAAGUGGCGUCAGCAUCAGUUGUCAACUCCAGUUUUCAAAAAAGUAAUUCUUCAUCAUCAUUAGUGAGUAGACCACCACUUCCACCACCUACAGCAGGAGCCUUAUCUAAUUCUCAGCGCUCUCGUCCAGUGCCAGCUCCAUUGCAUAGAAGCAGUACUGCUGAUGGUUAUUUGAGAAUGAACUCUAUGUCUGCCGUAAAAACAAUAGCCCAAAAUUCAGUGCCACCGUUUUCACCUACGGGUGAGUGGAGUCCCCCUCCAUCUUUUCAGGAAGCUACAAGUUAUAGUUUAAUGAAUCCUGUACAGGUCGGCAGAGAUGGUUACUUAAAUCCCAGAACUAGCAUUAUUGAACUUCAAGAAAUAGCACUAGAAAAAUUUAAUCAAAAUGUGCCUGAGACUUAUCUUUCUCCCACUGCUGAAUAUGAAACAACAUUCAAUACAAGUAGUUUGCCACGAGAAACAGGGUCAAAAUCUAAGCCAUCAAAUAACCAUGAUAAUCAUUAUAGAUUGCGCUCCAUGAGCUGUGAAGACAUUAAAAAGGGUCAAAUGAGACAACGGGCGAGAACUGCCAACUCACGACAGGAUGCUAAAAAUAAUUCACGAGAAACUACAACUGCAGAACCUUUUCCUCGUAUUCAAGAAUUUAAGGGAAGUAUGGAAUUACUGUUACAAGAUGAACGUGGAUAUUAUAAUAUUGAUGGACUCAAGGGUACUAUUGAUUCUAGUCAUGCACCUACAGUUGCUGAAGUGCUCCAAAAGUUUGAUGAAACGGCCAAACCAACAUUAACAAGAGCGAUUUCUAAUCCUAAUUUCUUACAGUUGCUAAACAAAGACAAGUUAAAUGAUAUACGAGUAGAAAAAGCCAGAUCAAUCCAUGGUUCGAAUCCAAACCUUAAUAAAAAGAGUAAGUCUUUACUCAACUUAUUCAAACGUUCUAAUAAGGAAAAGUCAUCAAAUACCAAGGAAGAAGGUUAUGCCUCAAACAAAGCUAAAAGUCUACCAAAUAGUCCAUGUAACUCAUUACAACGUCAGUAUAGUCAUCCUAAUAUUUCUAUUAAUGUGAAAGGCAUUCAUGUGACAGGAAGAACUAGAUCUUUUAGAAAACCUAGGCAAUAUGAAAAAUCUCCACAAAUUCAAAGAAAGGAUGGGAAAUCUCCACAGCCACUAAGGAAAGAUGGAAAAUCUCCCAAAUUUAAACGCAAGGAAGAUAAAUCACCACAGUCAUACUACCGACAUGAGAGAGCAGCAUCAGAUCCACUGGUACUAGAGCAACAUUCACCACAACCUACACGUAGAACAAGACAUGAUGUUACGCCUUCUGUGUCUUCCUCAGAAAACGAAUUCGCCAAUGCCAGACCAGUUUGUCCAAGUCGUCAGGCUUCAUCUAGUUCUAUAGGACAUAAAGUACAUACUGUUUGUUAGAUAAUUCUCACAAUAGUUAGAAACAUGUUAUCACUUUUUAUCUACUGAAAAUUACUCUUGGUACUGCUUUAUUUACAGAAAAAUACACAUCAUGCCAUAUAUGCAUUUUGUUUUCAGUUUUUUCAAAAGGUUAAUGUAAGAAAGAUAAAUUACCAUAGUAACCAUUAAAUACAAUUUGUGUAUUGAAACAUUUACAUACAAAGAAAUCCCAAGGAAGGAAACAUGUUAAUAGCACUUAAGGGCAUACAAUACAGUAGCAUGUGCAGAUAAUAACACAUCAAAAAUAUAACAUGCUGUUUAGGCAUCUUUGCUAAUGAUAGGCAUUUAAAAUUCACCAAAAAUAUUUUUGCAUUAAGAAUACACUGUGUUGUAAUUUAGCACCAACAAUAUUUCAUAUUUUUUUCCAAAGGGCCAAGUGAUCUUUUCUCAUCACUUGGCAUUCCUCGUCUGUUGUCCUUCAGCGUCUGUUAACUUUUCUUCUCUUCUGAAACUACCAGACCAAAUUUAACCAAACUUGGCCACAAUCAUCAUUGGGAUAUCUAGUUUAAGAAAUGUGUCUGAUGGCCUGCCAACCAAGAUGGCCGACAUGGCUAAAAAAAUUACAUAGUGGAAAAUGCAAGUUAUGUCUAUUAUUUUAAAAACCGUUAUAAAUAGAAAAAUUCUGACAAGGUCAAAAAUGUUUAGAAUGUUGAGCUCUACCUAUUGUUCAAUGACGUCGAAACUGUCAGGCAACUUCUUAUAGGAGUUAUUGCCUUUAAAUGACAAAUUUUACUAUUUUUUUUUUUUAUUUUUGCCUUUUAUCUUGAAAACUAUAAUAGAUGGGGAGAAACUUUAAAUUUCAAAAAGGAUCAGCAAGACAAAAUCUAUGAAUAAGUAUGCAUGGUCUUGAUAGUCAUUCGACUCCUAAUUAUAAUUAUUGCCCUUUGAUGACAAUUUUUACCAAUUUUUUGCGUUUUUGCCUUAUAUCUUAAACAUUUUAAUAGAUAGAUAGAAACUUAGAGAAGCUAAAAUGAUCAGCAAGACAAGAUCUACAUUUAAGACUAAUGGAGGAAAUUUUCUGAUGACUUAUUAUUUGAGUUAUUGCCCUUAAAUGACGAUUUUUACCAAUUUUUAUGCGUUUUGCCUUAUAUGAUUAAAAUUAUAAUAGAUAAAUAGAAACUUUAAAUACAAAAAUGAUCAGCAAGGCAAGAUCCACAAAAAAGUCAAAUUUUGCCGAUAUAGUUAGUAGACUCACUGUUCAUAGGAGUGAUUGCCCCUAAAUGAGGAUAUUUUUUACCCCUUAUGUGUUUUGAGCUAAAAUUAAAGAAUAUAGAGAGAAACUAAACAGACAAAAUGAUCAGCAAUAGAAGAUCAACAAAAGAAAUUUUUGUCAUGAAUUCUAUUCAUGUCUACAAUGUUGGAGAGUCCAUUGAUGAUUAUGCACAUAGACCUAGGUGAGCGACACAGGCUCUUUAGAACCUCUAGUUUUAUAUCAAAGGUAUAAUGGUGGCCUCCCAUCAUUUCUUUUAUAGGAACUUUUUUAAUCAGAGUGUAAAGCUGCAAGCAGCUAUUAAACUGUUUUUUCACUAGUUGAUAUUUUAAAUGAAUCUCUGCUGAAAUGUUGUUUUAGAUACUUCCCCUAUUUUUUGAGGUAUUAAUUUGACUCUUACGAAAACUUUGAAAUGAGAAAAUAGUUGCAUAAUUUAUAACAUUUUGCUAGUUAACAUUUAAUUGAGAGAUUAACAUUAAAUACAGGGUUUGAAUUGUCAUUUGAUAUUUAGAAAAUGUAGAAUUUCUAUACAUUUAUUAGGUUUUGUUUAGAAAACACUUGUUGUUAUAUGCAAUAAAUUAGCCAUUAAGACAUUUUCACAUUCCAAAGUGCAAUCUAAAAUAGGGCAUAUAGAAUGCUUUUGGUUUAUUGCUAGUCAAAGUACAUGUGUACUUAACAUUUUUGAUAUUGUGUACAAUGUAAUUGUGAUGAACAAAUUGUAGAUCAAAAUUAUAAAUAAAUCUAUGUGUAUGAUUUUAGGUAAAGGAAGUUUUGAAAGAUUUGUAAAUAUUUUAGUUUCACUGACAAUAUCAAAUUUUUAAUCCUCACGUUAAUUCAGAGAUUAUUGUUUUUUUCGUAUUUACUGCUGCUGUCAGUUGUAGAUAUGAGUUUUAUUACUGGUAAUAUGUUAAAAGAUGACAUACAUAUUUAACUUGCAACCUUCUAAUAAUAGAUUGAUGUUGGCAAAUAUUAAUAAAUAAUACUCCAUGUAUUUUUUUCUUAACUAAUUUAAAAGUCUUCAUUACUAUUUUUCCUUUUUUUGCAGAUUUAUUCCUCUUUUCCAUCUAAAACUUUUGAAAAUAUGUGAUCUAACAAUCUUCAGAUCUGCCAAGCAAAUUAUAUUUUGGUCAGGCAAAAUUUUUCAUUUGCCUAACCAGAUGUCCGGCAUAAAUUUCAAACUUUGGAGAAGACUGCAGAUAUCAGGCAUUUCUUGGAAGCAAGAUUCUAAACUGUAUGAAUUAUUGUGUAGAAUGUUGCCAAUUUUACAAUAAUUUUCAUGGUUGGACUUUAAUUUUAUGUUUGUCUGAUAAAAAAAAUGGAAAAUUGUAUUAAGUGCAAAAUACGAAAGAAAUAUAAAUAUACGAUUAUGGUGAUCUUCAUUCAUCGUGGUGCUUUGGUAAGGCUUCCAGAAAUUAGAAAAUACUUCUCAUUUUAAUGCUUGCAAUUUUUUUGUACAUUUUUUUUAACACGAAAAAAUGCCAAUUUGAACAAAUAUAGUUGUGCAUUAAUGAACAAGAAUGGCAAAACAGCAUAUUUCAUGUUAGAUUCUGUCAAUUUUUUGUUAUUCUUGAAGGCAUGUUUUCUUUUGAAAAUAUUUUCUUCACUUAUAAAUGCAUGGCUAUAUAUAACCUUGUUAAGAUGUUGUUGGGUAUAGAACUGUGAUCUUUAUAUAUUAUAAUAGUUUUACUAAAUUGUUGUAGAAUUUUUAUUGAAUGUUUUAUUUGUUCUAUUUUUAGAACUUAAUUGUAUAGAUAUGUUAAACAUUGUUGUAGUGUGUAAAUCUCAAGUGUGUACAGUUGUUAUAGACUAAGUCUAACUUAAAAUGUAAUUCAGAGGUCAUCCAAAUUCUCAUGCAUUUAACUAACUUGACCAUAACAGGGGGAAACCCAUGGUUUCAGGUAAGGGUGGGCAUAAUUUCCAUGUUGGUAAACAAAUGACAAUUUUAUGCCAAAAAAUGAUAAAUUGCCCUUCAAUUUGGGGCAUAACACCUCUACACCCCUACCUAAAACUGCCACAGCAUAAAGGGACAGCCAUCUUUAACACAAUUAUUGUAAUAUUUGUUCAAGAUGAUUGAUGUACACCUUUCAGAUCAUAAGGAAUAACAUGAACAAGCUUCUGAAUUUGUUUGAAAAUUGUGGAUGGCCUCUACUGUAUUUGUGAUGAAAUGUUAAGAUAGUUAUUAUAUAAUAAUAAAACUUGUGGAAAAUGGUGAAUGUUUACAAGGAAAGAAAGAUUCAUAAACAACAUCUCUAAGUAAAUAAUCAAGUUCAUGUUUCUGUAAAUUGUGCAAUAAUAAGAUAGAUGUGUAAGCUUUUCAUACAGAUAGGAUAUAAAUGUAUCAUGUAUUACAUUAUUAUGACAUCAGAAUAAGUGUAAAAUUUACCUGGUAAAAUGUAUGGAAAAAGUAAAAAUGAACAGUUUAGUUCUAAGAGCUUGCCAUAUGAUCUUAAUGAUCUAAUGUUGUAGGGUUGUUUGCUGUAUUUUGGAGAUGAAUUAUUAUCAAUAGUUAACCACAUGAUUGCAUACAGUAAGCAAAGGUCUUUGUAGUAAUGACUCAAAAUGAGACAUGAAAAAGACAAAAAACUUUUAGAUAUUUAUUUUUUACUUGUUUCGCAAUGUUUUAGUAUCAAUCUUUGUUUGUUUCCUGCAUUUUUGAUUAAUGUUAUUUAAAUGUUUUCCUAAGCAUGUGAAUUUAUUCUAGAAGAAAACUGUAUGAUGUAUAAAUGUACUUGUGUGUCCUUAUGUUGUACAGAGAAGUCUAACUUCAUUUGCUUUCUCUAUAUAAUGAUGUUAGCCAUUUUUCUAAAUUUGAUUGACCCACAACAUGCAAUUAAUUCUUUCCAGUUCAUUUGUUGAGUAUGGAAUAUUUGUAUAUAAUUAUUAAUUACUGUUAAAUGUUCAAAUGCUUACAGAGUAUUUAAUUUUGAUAUAUUUUUUAUUGGAAUUUUUGUACAAUACCUAUUUUUAUCCCAUUUAACCCAAUGUUGCCUUUGUUACAAUAUUGUAUAUUUGAGUGCAUGGAACUGUCUCAAAUAUCUUUCCUCUGUUGUUACCAUUUAUUUAUAAAAAAUUUUGCCUCUAAGUCAAGGUGUAAGGUACCCAUCCCCUUGUCCCCAAGAAAUAAAAACUAAAAUUAAAGACUUAUGUUAAAGUACUUUUUGAUAUUUGUCAGUAUCAUCACGACAAUUUUUUUCAUAUUCAGUAAUGUUGGUUUAAAAAUUCCUUAAUAACUAAUAGUAUUCCCACAAACAACAAAAAAAUUAAGAUCUAUAGAUUGUAGUAAAAGUAUUUUGAGACAGCUCCUAUGUGUUUUUCAGUUUAUAUAUUGGUUGCUUGUUGGUUGUAUUUUAGCGCAGUAAGUUUGGAAGAGGUUACAUGUUAAUGUUUAAACACCCCUUUUCAACAAUUAUAAUUUUGAGAUCAAGCUAUCUAUGUUAUUUAAAGUAAAUAAUUGGGUUUUUUUAUUUUUUAGUCUUUUUGUAUAGAGAAGGACCUAUUGUUAUUUUCACUUGAUACACAGAUCAAUAGACCAUGUUUAAGGAUAAUUGAAUAACCUUAAUUUAACUAAAAAUUGGGAGACUAAAAUUGAUCUUAAGUAUACUAAAUGUUCAUUACUUACAAGUAAUUUAUACCCAAAGUUUUUUUGGUUAAACCAAAGUUGUUUGAUCCUUUGUUUUGGAUUUUGUCAAGUGCAUGAUGGGAUUUUGUAUCAUUAGUUUAUACAACUUAUCCCCCUUGUUUCCCAUCUAAUCAAAGAUUCAAUGGAUCAUAUUAGAUAAUUUAUUGUUUAGAUACAGAGGCAAAAGUGACAGGACAGGAUGACCAUUGGAAGUAUUAGUUUUGUUUAAGUUGUAAUGUAUGUCCGUCCAUCUGUCCAGCUUCAGGUUAAAGUUUUUGGUCAAGGUAGUAUUUGAUCAAGUUGAAGUCCAAUCAACUUGAAAUUUAGUACACUUGUUCCAUAUGAUAUGAUCUUCUAAUUUUAAUGCCAAAUUUAAGAGUUUUUACCACAAUUUCAUGGUCUAUUGAACAUAGAAAAUGAUAGUGCGAGUGGGGCAUCAGUGUACUAUGGACACAUUCUUGUGUACAGUAGAAUUCGUAAUAUUAUCAAAACCUAUGAAAUGUCUAAGAUCUAUAGAUAUGUUGAAUAUAAUGACCCUACUCAAAACUUACAUCAGGAAAAUCUCUCAAAAUUGCCAUGAUGGGGGUGACUGUUCUGAUGACUAUCAUACCAAGUUCACAACUAAAAUUAGUUUGUUAAAUAUUUAUCAAGCUUUAAACAGAUGUAACUUAAAUGACACAUUUUAAGUGUAUAAAAUAAAAGGAGAUGUGGAGAAUGCGUCAAAGAGACAGCAACUCAACAACAACAAAACUAAAAUAAAUUUACUUUUCUGGGGUCCUCCUCAAUCCUUUAUGUUAAGUUUUCUGGUUAGUCAUAAUAGACCAAUCAUAGUAGGCAUACAAAUAAAUUUUAAUUCAAGUUUUAUUAAUGUUUUCUUGUUUGGUGGCAUUGUUAUGAAAAUCUAUGAUGUUUUGUUACAAUGGUUAACUGUUUUUUAUAUACAAUGCUGUUUAAAGGCUAGAAAAUAUGCAAUAUUAUCUGUUAUACAUAAUCGUUACUUUAAUUAUAGUUUGCUUUUUGUUUGUUAUACACCUCCCUUAAUGAUCAAAUGUUUUAAUACCUACAAUUUUAGAAAAAGAACAAAAUCAGUCAUAUUAUAUGUACGUAAAGUAAAGAGAAAAUGCCAAAAUGUUUUGGUGAGGAUUUUUUUCUCAAUCCAAGCUGAAAAUCCAUCUUCAAUAAAAAAAAUGUAAAAAAUAAAUCAGCCAACACCAACCCAAGGCAUACCUUAGAAAUUUGUGCUUGGUAGUUUUUUCGUCACUUUUUUUGUUAUUAAUGUAUAUCAUUUUCACCUGUUUUAUCCAAUUUAAAACUUCUCCCUCUUACAGCCAAAUGAGAAGAAAGUAGCAAAUAAAAUAUUCUUCUCUCAGCCAAAUGGAUGAAAUGGAGCAACUUUUUGUCAGAUUCUCUGUCUGGUUAUGCCUUGACCUUUUAUGAUAGAGGAGCAACAUUGGUCUCUGCUGUAAUUUACAUUUUUCUAUUUAAAAAAAAAAACAAUAUUUGAUCAAAAUGAAGAAUUUUAAUUCUUAGUUAUUAUUAACUAUCAGUAUUACUUUCUAUCAAUCAGUUGUCACAAUUUACAGUACAACCUAAUCAUUUCUCUCUCUUUAACGUAAAACCUAAUUAUUUGUCACUCUUUACAGUAAAACCUAAGUUAAGAUCAAGUCAAAGUAUCUCAACCCCAUUUAGAAAUUUAUUGUUUUAUAUCACAUUUCUCACAGUUAUAAUAUCAGAAAAUAAGAACAUCAAUGCCAAAUUUUAUAAUAAGUUGCCAAAAAUUUAACACAGAGGCUUUGAUGAACUUUUUUAUUUGAUAAAUUUAUACUGCAAUCUAUUUAUUGUAUUUUCCAGAAAACUGUAGAACACAUUACAAGUACCCAGUAUUUCUAAAUUUACAAAAACUUGCAGGAUAUUUUAAUAACUUUGACUUGAACUUAAGUGUGUCACAUUAUGGUUAGUUGGCAGCUUCACUUAGUAGCAUAAUAAUAAUAAUAAUAAUAAUAAUAAUAAUAAUAGAUAUGUUGAUGAGCAAUAUGUGUUAGUAUACUACUUAACAAUGGAGACACUAACAAAUCAAAGGUCAUCUUGUUUUAAUUCCGAAGAAAAAUAAAAUAUAAAAUGGUUA